GCUUGAUUUCUGUGCGAAAUUAAAAACACAUUAUUGCUGACUCAAUCGAUUGUAAUCCAAGACUUUCAAUAACGGCGUAUGUAUCAACGGAAUACUAGACUUUGUCUGAAGCCCCUCAAGUGUUUCGAUGAAGACGAAAGGCAAAAUGCAUUGGUUGAUGCUAUGCUUGACGAUUUUAUUUGCAUCUGCUCCGAUGCCAAGUCAGGCCUGUAGUCGUAUUCCUUCGGGGGUUACCGCUGCCAAGUCACCAGUUGAUGAUAACUAUGUGCUCUCUAUUGCGGGCAACGCGCAGACCUAUGUGCCGGGCCAGAAGUACAACGUCACACUUAGCGCCUAUUCCGGCCUAUCAUUUGUGAGCUUUAUGCUGGCCCUGGAACGGGAGAACACUGACUCAGUCGAUGAAAACCCAAUGGGAACAUUCGAAAUAAGCGAUCUGGCUGAAACGCGUUUCAGUCCUCGGUGCGCAAAUUUGGUGGAGAACACAAACACGAAUGUGAAGACGCGUGUGGAUGUAGUUUGGGUGGCGCCGGCUAAGGCAGGGCUAGGCUGUGUGUUGCUGCGUGCCACUGUGGUGCAGCAUCGCGAUGUGUGGUUCAUGGACGAUGGAUUUCUUACAAAGAGAAUAUGUGAAGAGGAAAUCGAUGAUGUAGAUACACAGCCUAGCAUUAUAGAUCCGUGCUGUGCCUGCGACGAGGCUAAGUAUGAGCUGACUUUUGAGGGUAAGUGGUCGCGUCACACGCAUCCCAAGGACUUUCCGGCCAAUAGCUGGCGCACACGGUUCAGUGAUAUUAUUGGGGCUUCCCAUACCAUUGGUUAUCGCUUCUGGCAAUAUGGGGAUCUGGCCAGCGAGGGACUACGCGAGGUUGCCGAGCACGGAUCAACGCGCACACUGGAAAGUGAGCUUAAAGAUCAGAGCGACCAGAUUCGAACCAUAAUUAAGGCUCGUGGCAUAGCAUAUCCUAAUGUGACGGGCAAGACAUUUGCUGUAUUCCGGGUCGACUCCAAACAUCACCUUAUAUCGCUGGUAUCGAUGUUAGAUCCCUCACCAGACUGGAUAGUCGGUGUCUCCGGUCUAGAGCUCUGUUUGCCCAACUGCUCUUGGGUGGAGAACAAGGUGCAUAAUUUAUAUCCCUGGGAUGCGGGUACGGAUAGUGGUCCCUCCUAUAUGUCAGCAGAUCAGCCUCAAGUGCCACCCGAUGUCGUGCGACGGAUUAAAUCUAACUUUCCCAAUGAUCCACGCUCACCAUUCUACGAUCCAAGUGGUGCCCAAAUGAAGCCUCUGGCUACAUUGCACAUAAAUCGACGUCGCUUAUACGAGAAAAACUGCGAAGCCUCUGAUUCCGAACAAAUGCCAGUAGAAUGUGCCACGCAGGCCUGGUCACGUUGGGACGAAUGCAGCGCCAAAUGUGGUCCAGGAAAGCAAUAUAGAACACGUGAAUUCCGAAACCCAGCGCUGGCACAUCGGCACAGAUGCAGCAAUGCGCUGCGGGAGGAGAAACACUGCAUGGGUCGGAAGUGUGUAACGUUCAAUGAGGAGGCGGUGGAGGGUGGUGUGCAGCAGGAGGCGGGCUAUCCCGGUUCUGGACCAGAGGAUCCCGAGUGUGGACUGUCUGAAUGGAGCGACUGGUCUUCAUGCACAGUAACCUGUGGAACGGGUGAGAUGAUACGGACGCGACAUUAUCUCAACCGGCGCGCCAAAAAGAAGUGCCAGAAGGUGAGCAAAGCGCGGUUGCAGGAGGCUCGACCCUGCGAAGGUAUCGACUGCGGUGGCGAUAUCAAUGGCAAUGGACAUUUUAAUAAUGAGGCGGGCGAAGACAUGGAAGCGGAGGCUGGUGAUGGUGCCGAUAACUCUGGCGAGAAGCGCUCAAUAUUCCGCAAUUUUGAGAGCUAUAGUCAACGUAGGGAGGACUAUAUUCCGCCUGAGUGUGGCGUUUCGCCUUGGUCUGAUUUCUCUCCGUGUCUGGGACCUUGUGGCGGAACCGGUCAACGUCAACGCAUGCGCAAAGUCUGGAAUAAGAACGAAGUCUAUGGCAUACAGAAUCCCAGCUUGAGCCCAGAUGCUGGAGACCCGUGCCGGCACAUUAAGCUACUCGAGGUGGUGAACUGCACGAAUCCCAGCUGCGACUCCAUUGUGCCGCAUUUCUGCUACGAACCGUUGCGUGAGAGUUAUUGUCGGGACAGUGAUGUGGCCAACUACUGGUACUAUGACUAUGCGAGCGAUCAGUGCGCUAUUUAUUGGUCAGAUCGCUGUGACGUAAACCAAAACAAAUUCAAGUCCAAGGAACUAUGCGAGGAAACCUGUCGAGUGCCGCGUCACAAGCACGAGCUUCAAAGUGAGAGUCUGCGAACAAAUUCGGAAAUUCGCGUCGAUUGUUUGGUCUCCGAUUGGGUGGCUCACAGCUGCAAUGCCACCUGUGGCCGCGAGGGCUUGCAAUUAAAAACCCGUCGUGUGCUACGCACUCCCAAAUACGGAGGCAAGCAGUGUCCCAAGCAUCUGGUACGUCAGGAUCGUUGCUAUCAGCGCUGUGACGACAUGUAUUCCAUAAGUGGACCCUAUGCUAGCGACCGCAGACAUAUGCCAAGCAAGACGCCGAUCUCCAUCAAAGACGAGUGCCGGUACUCUGAGUGGUCUGCUUGGACCCCUUGUACCGCCAGCUGCGGAGAUAAUGCAGUACGUCAGCGUACCCGAACGCUGCUCAAUUCUGAUCUUAGCUACAAGUGUAAGGAUCGAGUGCGCAUCGAAAAGUGCGUCAUGAUGCCAUGUCUGUUAAGCCAUAACGAUGACACCGAUAAGUGGUAGUCCGGUGGAUUGCAAUCUUAACGAUAUUCCGCAUAGUCACACCGGCUUCUAUAAGCAAGUAUUAGGCGGCAAUUAUCUGUUUUCUAUUUAUGAUUAGAAUAAUGACUCGAGAAAUUGUAAAGCUUGUAUUAAAAUAGGUUAGAACUCUAUAACUCACACAACUAUGAGAUAUCCAGUACCUUAUUUUAAUUAACAACUAUCACGGGCAUAUAGACAAAACUCUUGUGUUAUAUUUAAGUGCAUUUUCUGGCAAUAUUUAAUUUAUUAAUACACACUUUUCUUAGAA